ACUUUUCUGACAAAAUUAUUCGAUAUGACCGUUUACGUUUGUUGUCUCUCAACAUCCGGAAUGAACGUCACACGUCACUUCCAGUCCUCUUCCUCCGUGGAACACAACAAUGGCGUCUUGUAGUGAGGAAUCUGCUACAGCUACUGAAGAGGAACAGACGGAAACUCCUGCGUCCCAGAAGAGAGAAGCGAGACUACGAAAAUUUCGAGAGUUACAUUUUAAACGGAAUGAAGCACGUAAGCUCAAUCACCAGGAGGUUGUGGAGGAGGACAAGAGGCUGAAACUCCCUGCUAACUGGGAGGCUAAGAAAGCUCGACUGGAGUGGGAACUUGCUGAAGAUCAGAAGAAAAAGGAAUGUGCUGACAGAGGGGAGGACUAUGACAGAGUGAAACUGCUGGAGAUCACUGCUGAUGACGCAGAGCGUUGGGAGAGGAAGAAAAAGAAGAAGAACCCAGACACAGGUUUUGCAGGUUACGCAGAGGCCCAAUUCCGACAGUACCAAAGGCUCACCAAGCAGAUCAGGCCAGACUUGGAGAACUAUGAGAGACAGCGAGUGGAAUGUGGUGAGGACUUUCACCCCACGUCCAACAGCCUAAUCCAUGGAACCCACGUCCCCACGAAGGAGGGAAUUGACCGCAUGGUGGAAGAUGUUGAGAAACAGAUCGAGAAGCGAGCCAAGUACAGCCGACGCAGGGCCUACAACGACGACGCAGACAUCGACUACAUUAACGAGAGGAACGCCAAGUUCAACAAGAAGGCCGAGCGUUUCUACGGCAAAUACACAGCGGAGAUCAAACAGAACUUGGAGAGAGGCACGGCUGUCUAGUGGGUCCAUUCACUUCAGUGGAUGUGUUUACUGCUUCAGUUUUUUUUUUUUUUUUUAAUUUAGGAGUCUUGGGUGCAACUUUUUCUUUUUUCCGUACAUGCUACAUACAUGUUUGUGAAAUGCUAAAAUGGACUGUGUGUUUUAAAGCAGUUUCUCAGACAUCUUAUAUCAUGCUGAGGUUAUUUUGAGCUGGAACAUAAUUCAGUUAACUGUAAGGUUAAUGUAACGUGGUGUCCCUUUGUACAGUAUUAGAAGUUAAAGCAACACUUUAUGAGUAUUCUUAUCCUUAUUUUUAAAUAAACCACUUCCAAUUAUCCA